CAGGGAUUGCCCGAGGGCGUGUGGGGAUUGUGGCAGCAAGUCACCAUACAACCUUGUUUAGGCAGAUUCGGUAGGCCAAGCUGGCUCUGGCCAAGACUCCGCACCAGGAACCCACAUAACCACCAACGAUACCCGGCGAUAACAGGCAACGUGAACUCCCAACAACCUCGGGCCUUGCAGCUGAUAUCCUACAUGAAGCUCUCGCUUUGAGCGACCGGUCUCUGCAGCUAUGGGGGCCUCGGAGUCAAAGCUUGUCUUCAAGCAGGGCAUCUUCCGCCUGUCGGAGGAAAAGCAGAUCCCCGCAGACGACCCCUACUGGACGAGAUUCUGGGAACUUCCCGAAUCUACAGAGGACGUCUUCAGCUUAUUCACGCCCGCUGACAUCCGCCGAACGCGCGACCAUGCCUUAUCCAACUUUGAAACCCUGUUACUUUCGGUCUCAUCUCGACUGAUAAUACUCAAGAAUCACCCAUCCUUUCCAGAUCCAGACCUUGCCCCGGAGCGCGAUGUGCUCAACUGCAUUCGGAUCCUAACGCGCCUUCUCCCCUUUGUCUAUGAAGCCGAACACCUGGAGGAUUGGGAAGAGAAGUUCUUCUGGGCGCGUCGAAGGAAGAAGACUAGACAGGCACAAAUCGCUGGGGAAGUUCUGUUCGAUGAAGCGCAGCCGGACCAGCAGGAUGGGCUGUCUCCGCACGUGGAGGAAUAUGAGGAUGUGAAGCCUCUUGCGGAGGAGCUGAUCGAUACGCUGCUUGACCUCCUGUUCUUCGCAGACUUCACUAUCCCUGUACUUCCGACUGCGAAGAGCAAGAUUUCAUACUCGAUCUGGCAAAGUGGUGUUGGUUGUAACACGACGAUGGGAUCCAACAAGACCCUGGAGAACAACCGGUGCGAGGUUCUACGACUCUUGCUGACAAUGACUGGAAAGGCAAUGUAUCUGCCAUCGAACACGCUGCCCGUGCAAGGUGUCAAGGCCAUUACCUACAUCACCACUUGCCAAGAUAAGCAAUCCGUGCUGACACUAUUGUGUUCUCUCCUGAAUACGGCUAUGAAAUAUAACCCUGCGGCAUGGCGCGUCCCCUAUGAUCACGUCGUGUGGAAAGAUCCCAAGCAAAUCCUGGUGAUUUACAGCUUGCAGCUUCUCCUCGUUCUCCUCCUGUAUCCCAUUCCAGAAGACGGCCGUGGUGCUCCACCCAAGAACUACUAUCGCCAUUACUUCGGAAGGUUACACCGACCUCAAGACUUCCAAUUCCUUGUGGAGGGGAUGACGAGGAUUCUGAAUCAGCCUAUGCAAGCCACAACUUCAUAUCUCCCUGGUAGUCAAAGAUCAGUCAAAUGGGCUCCGGAGAUAUUGAUUCUUUUCUGGGAGACAUUGCAAUGCAACAAGCGGUUCCGAUCAUUCAUCAUCGACUCUAAUCGCUCACACGACUUUUUGAUUCUUUGCAUCUUCUAUGCUAUGGAAAACAGGACGGAGCCGUCUAAGCAAGGAGUUGUGCGACUCUGCAUCUUCAUUCUGCAAACCCUGAGUGCCGAGCCAAAUUUCGGAAAGAGCCUGAAUAUGAAGUUUGAGGCACAAGAAACCUUACCGCAAUCUAUCCGGCUUCUCAAGUUCCGCGGCAGCUAUGCCGAUUAUCUUAUCAUGUCGAUUCAAACCCUCAUGACUACCAGCAAAGGAAACUUGGAUACCGUCUAUCCGGCGCUUCUUAUUAUCCUUACCAAUGUGGCCCCUCAUAUCAAGCAUAUCUCCCCGAGUGCCUGUUCCAAGGUGAUUCAGCUUUUCUCUUCAAUGUCUGCACCCAGUUUCCUGCUGGCCAAUGAGACAAACCACACUCUUCUUGCGUCCUUGCUUGACUUCAUCAAUGCCGUCGUUGAGCAUGGCUUCGCUGAAAACCCGUACCUUGUUUACGCGAUCCUCAAAUACAAGGAUCGAUUCGAAGCUGUUCGAGCAUUCACACUGGAAAGUGGACAGCAAGAAAUCGAACGCCAGAGAGAAAAGCGCAAAGCCGGAGAUACUUCGGGUGACCUUGUUACCAGUCCCACGCUUUCUCAUUCAGAAGAAGAUCUUCAUGCUCCUUCGGGUGCUAGAUCACCUUUGUCACGCAUUCCCGAAGAAAAUAGCGCAUUUGCUAUCGGAGAUGAUGAUUCUGACGACGAUGCGGAAGAUGGAGGUCAACGUACACCUUCACAAUCUUCACCGUCCGCUCAAACAUCGCGCAGGCCUUCGUUUGCCUCGACAGUCGAUGAGACGGGAUCUCAAAUCAGGGGUAUCUCCGAGAAAGCACGAGGCAAACUACCAGCUGGGCGUCCUUCUUUCUCGCGACAGAACAGCAUGACCAGCCAGACCAGCAUGUCUGCCUUGUUCUCUGCAUCGUCGACUGGUUUCACGCCGACAGUGGCCUGGCUUGAGUCAUGGUUGCCGGAGCUUCCGCUUCAUACUAUUCUAACCAUCAUCUCCGCCAUCGCGCCGCACAUUCCCGACGCAGCUCUGCAAGCUACAUCUAGCCCAGAAGCGCGCACUCUGAUCCACAACCUGCCGUCUUUCGCCGAGGAGCCCCAAAUCACCAGCAUUAUCUCAGAGCCUACACCGGUACGUGCGCAUUCUUUCGAAUGGUCAGCCCUUUCCAUGGGAUGGUAUGAAUCGCUCCUUUGGGGCUUCAUCUUCUCCAGCGAGAUGGUCGUGGGGUCUGCCGCGGGUGCUACACCAGGCACUGUCGGUGUCUGGAACGGUACUGCUAUUCGACUCUUCAGGGUGCAAGAAGCGGCCGCUCAAGGUCCUACCCUACUCGCACCCAAGGGUGCCGUAGAUGCUGUGGGCAGCAACCUGGUCCAGCGCAUUGGAAACCUGAGUCUCCGGGGCCGCAACUCGGCGUCUCAAGAAUCUGCAAGUGGUGCCUCCCCAAGCGUAAGGGAAAUUUGAGGCAGUGUGGGUGGGAGGACCUCACGACGUACAUAGAAUCGCUUGCACGAUAUGAACUGUUUCUGAAUGUUCUCUUCCAUAAUGACUGUUUCUUUGUAUCGAUACCUUGGAAGUGCUUUUAAGGCGUUAUUCAUUAUCCGCUCUCGAUGUUUUGCAGUAAUUACAAUGGUAGAAAGUGAUUUGCUCCCGAGCUCAUCGUUGAUAAACCCUUCGUUGUCCGUCAUCUAGCUGAUGUGGCUGAAUACUUGGAAUGAGC